AUGAAGAACGAAGCUUCAGACAGUUCGACAGUUGAUAAAAGGAAACAUGCUGUCUUUGCUACCGAGGAUAUCAAGCAAGGGACACGCAUUAUUUGCGAACCGCCGCUGAUUACCCUGCCCUAUCCAGGUGCCGAUAUCAGACAACUGAUGCAUGCUUAUGCAAAACUUCCAAAGUAUGAGCAGGAACGUAUCUGGGACUUGGACCCAUCCGAUCUCUCUGCAUCGCCACUGUUGGAAACACUCGCCCAGCUGACCGAGCCCAUCUUGAAACGCACCGUCCAGAUAAUCUGCAAGCCUAAGGAAGAUUGGACUAAAGAAGAAGCAAAGGACUUUGAGCAGUCAGGCACCGUGCUCGAACAGGUGCUUCCGACUCUGCGUUUGGCCGCUCGAUGGCAUGCAAGCUCCCGUUCAAUGAUCGACAUACCCGAGAACGAGCGUGAUAAGUUACCCGAGGGCACUCCUAUCACGGGAUUGUUUGUUGAGACGGCGGGUUUGCGACACUCUUGUGUCCCGAACUGCUAUGCCCACUACAACCCCGUUACUGAUCGGAUGACGGUGCAUACGACCCGGGCCAUCGCGUGCGGCGAGGAGUUGACGCUAUCCAGCAUCGCUGGCAUCUACUACCAAACCGCCUCAGUCCGCGCUUCCGAACUCAAGGAAAAAUACGGCAUCACAUGCAAGUGCGAAGCCUGCGACUCUUCCCACGCCAAUUUCAAGAAGCACGAAGAUGCACGCCUCCGCACGAAUGGUAGAGCUACUCUCCUAGGACAUUUCCUCACCAUGUUAGAGAUCGUAGACUCGGACAAGGUCCUCAAAGACCUCUGUCUAUCCAGCCACAUCCGUCCAGAGCGCCAGCCAAGCAAGGAAGAACUCGAAAACAACGCGCAAACCGUGCUCGACCUCAUCAAGGACCUCAAGGUUACCGGCUGUGAGGGCCCGGAACUGAUUCGCUGGUACAACGCGCUCAUUGACCGGCUGCAGCCUAGGAUCGCGGAAGCGCUGUCCGGUGAGAAGAAGCUGGGGUUGUGGAAAGUUAUUCUCGGUCGUGCUAAUGGGUGCGAACUCAUUGCGAAGCGGUGCUUUGGCGAGGAUAGCGAAGAGUUCAAGGAGUUGCAGAAGAGGAAGGAGCGCAUUGCAGAGGUGCUUAUGAACGCGGAGGAGCAUGCUAAGACGCUGAAAGAGUCGAAGAAGAAGAUCAUUAGAUCAUAGGUUCGGUUGGGGAGACGCGGUGUGCUUUGGCGUUGGCAAACGGUUCAUGGAUG